GCGCUGCUGCUCCAUCCAGCCCCUUGGUGCAGCUGCUGCUGAUGGCUCUGUGGCUUCUGCUCCAUCUUGCCUUCCUCAGGCUCAGUACCACUCAACCCUUGACCCAGGUGCACAGCUUCAGGAAACCAGUGGCUGACCAGCCGUUCUUCUUCAACCUCAACUCAUCCCGCAACAUUCAGGAACCCAUCCAGAUCCCCAACAACGGAAGCGCGCCCCUGCUUGUGGACGUGAAGGUGUUUGUGUCAAACGUGUUUAACGUGGACAUCCUGCGCUACACCAUGUCCUCCACGCUGCUGCUUCAGCUGUCCUGGCUGGACACUCGCCUGGCCUGGAACUCGCCUGGACCCCGGCAGGGCCCAGUCACGCUGCCCUUGCAAUCAUUCUGGAUGCCAGGACUCACUAUCCGGGAGGCGCUCUGGGUGAACUGGCAGAACGAGAGCCCCCAGGCCCAAGUGGGCCGGGACGGCCACAUCGAGCUCUACCUGGCCCUCACCACCGAGACCAACUGUGACCUUGAGCUCUUCCACUUCCCCGGAGACGAGAGCGAAUGCAACCUCAGCUUCUUCGCUUUCAGCAACACUGUGAUGGAGCUGGAGUUCCAGGUCCAGGCGGUGAACGAGAUUGUGAGUGUCAAGCGGGAAUAUGUGGUUCGGGAUUUGAGAGCCCAGGUCCCACCCUGGCAGCUGGUGCCCUGCUUCCAGGUGACGUUGCGCCUGGAGAACACGGCGCUCAAGACCAUCAUAGCGCUACUGGUGCCCGGGGAGGCGCUGCUGCUGGCUGACCUGUGCGGGGGGCUGCUGCCCCUCCGGACUGAGCGCAUUGCCUACAAGGUGACCCUGCUGCUGGGCUACCUCGUCUUCCACUCCUCCCUUGUGCAGGACCUGCCCAGCUCCUCCUCCUGCAACCCACUGCUCAUUUACUACUUCACCGUCCUGCUGCUGCUGCUCUUCAUCAGCACCAUGGAGACUGUGCUGCUGGCCGCGCUGCUGGCCCGUGGCAACCUCAGGGCGGAGAGCGGCCCCGGCUCCAGCCCAGCUCCAGCUCCGAGAGGGGCGCAGCAAGCCCAUGGGCAGCCAGGGCCUAAUCCUGAAGCAGCCCCCAGAGGAGUCAAGGGGCCAGCAAAGAGCUGGGUCGAGGCUGCUGACCACAUGUUCUUCCUGGUGUAUGUGGCGGGGAUGCUGUGUAGCCAGUUCAUCUUCCUUGCACUCUGGAAGUGGGGGACAUGCAAGUCUGACCCAGCCCCCGGGGAGGGCGCUCCCCAUGGCGGGAAGCCCAGGCUGUAACGAGGAGGGGCUGCAGACCUGGGGCGGGGGGGCAGAUCUGGCGGGGAGGGCCGUGACAGGGUCUCCGGAGAGAGGCGGAGGGAGGUCGACCCUCCUCCCUAAGCCUCGAGGACUCCAGCCACCCCGAGCUCUCCCUUCUGUUAGUGCGAGCGGGCAGAGUGUGGAAUAAACCCAUCACCCAAGUGCAAGGGCAUCUCAAGGGUCUGUGUUCAUGAAGCUCAGCUGCUCACUCUUGUCAACGUAAGUGGGGCUCCGUCUCACGCCCCCGAUUCCCACUCUGCUCCUGAAGGGCUCACCCCUGUCCGCUGGUCACCCGGCCCCCACACGCAGCCUAGCUGCUCCUUCUGCAGCCACUGCUGCUUGGCCCUGGGCCAGAGCACUGGGGACUGGGUGGCAGGUG